AUGCACGGCGAUCCGGAGUGGUCCACUAUCGAGGCCACGAUCAUCCGUUGGUUCUACCAGACGGUCUCGAAGGACAUCUUCCAGACGGUCGUCGCCGAGGACGACGACGCCUGCGUGUGGGCCAAGAUCAACGCGCUCUUCACCGACAACAAACUUCAGCGCCUUGUUUUCUUGCAGCAGGAAUCCUUCGGCUGUCACCAGGACAACUCCACCAUCGACAAGUACUGCAUGAGGCUCAAGAUGCUCGUCGACGAGCUUCGCGACAUCGGCGCCAAGGUCUCCGACAACCUCAUGCUGAGCACCCUCACCGCCGGUCUUAAUGAGGACUUCGGCAACGCGGCGUCCAACCUCACCCUGCUGUCGCAGCCCACUUUUCAACGUGUCGUCACGUACCUCAAACUUGAGGAGCGCCGGAUGACGAAGCUGAAGCAGCGGGUCUAA